CAAAGAAGAAGAUAAGUGAGGGGCCAACUUCGGUUUGUUCUAGAAAUUAACGACUUGCAACCAAUGAAAAACAAACACGUGUACAUAUCUGCGUGGUCUUGACCUGUUCUGGUUUGCUCACCACCUGUAUAUAAAGAACAACCGCCUCCAGAAUUGUUGUAAAACUCUCAUCAACUCAAUCAUUUCGUGGCCAUCUCUCUCUAAUCACAAAACCAAAAAUGGGUCGCCGUAGCUCAGGAGGAAGAUCUGCACCUCGUCCCCGUCCUGCUGCUGCACGUAGCCCUCCUCCUCAAACUGUAAACCGUGCACCUCCUCCAGCACCAGCAGCUCAGGCUAGCGGUGGUGGUGGCAUGCUCUCAGGCAUUGGUUCAACCAUUGCUCAGGGUAUGGCUUUUGGAACCGGAAGUGCUGUUGCGCAUAGGGCUGUUGAUGCUGUGAUGGGCCCACGAACCAUUCAGCAUGAAGGUGUUGAGACUGCCUCUGCUUCUGCGUCUGCUGCUCCUGCUGCAGGCGGCAUGUUUUCCAGCUCCUGUGAUCUUCAUGCUAAGGCUUUCCAAGAUUGCGUCAGCAGCUAUGGAAGCGAUAUCAGCAAGUGUCAGUUCUACAUGGACAUGUUGUCCGAGUGCAGGAAGAACUCCGCUUCCACUAUUGGUGCCUGAUGAUUCAAGGCUCAUGUUUUUAUUUGCUUUUAUUUACAUUUUUAUUUACGAAACUAUUCAUCAGCUGGUGAUUUAUGCUGAGAAUUUGAAUAUCCUCAAAAAUCCUAUUUCAUUUCCAGAACCAGAAGUCUUUUGUGUUUUUCGUUUAUAAGAACUUUGGGUUAUUUCCCUUUUCUUAAUCGAAUAAUGCAUUAUGGAUUCGUAAUAAUAAAGCUUUCUCGAUUA